AUGCCAAAUCUAGAGGAGCUAUUGAUCCGAUACUGGAGGCGGGAGGGGAGUAGGCGGUCUCAAGGACCGUCUGCUGUAAAGUAUCGCUUAAUGACGUGUAACGAGCGCGGUCUCCGCAUCAUAGUUGCAUACAUGAAAAACGAGACGCAUACCGAUUUUAUAAAAAGAACAAAUGUGUAUGAUUCCGAAAAGCUUGAAAGCGAUCGCUGCGUCCUUCACAUGGCUGUUAGUGUGAACCGGGCCUAA